AAGGAAAGAGUCCCCGAAGAAAGGAGACUCGAGUGAAUGAGCGCUCGGGCCGCACCGGGAAGAGGAGCGGCGAUUCAAAACAAAGGACAGCUUCUUCACCUCUGAGCCUGCAAAAUCUCUCCACUUUGACUUCAAGUGUGCUUUCAGAGGGUAUCAUGGCUGAGGGAAGCUGCUUCGGUGCAUUGUAGCUGUUUGGGAUGACCAAAGCCGGACCUUGCCUCGAAGAAGAAGAAGAGGGGAAAGAACCGUGAGGAGGAAAAACAUCUGCUCAGUGAGGAUAAGAUCAGAACAGGGAAUGUACCGGACUGUUCUCUUUGUAAGGAAAGGAAUUUAACCUCCCCAGUAUUAGUGCUCUGUCAAUUUAAAGAGCUUCAAGAAUUUUGUUUUUAUCAUUGGUUGUUACCACCUCAGAAAGAUUUAACGCCAUGUGCCAUGUUAUCGUAACAUGCCGCUCCAUGCUCUGGACGCUGCUCAGUAUUGUAGUGGCCUUUGCUGAGCUCAUUGCCUUCAUGAGCCCUGAUUGGCUGCUGGGAUCUCCUCGUUCCAGCGAGAGCGGGGAGGGAGUGGACUCCGGGGAGUACCGGCCGUCUCUCGGCCUCUACAGCCGAUGCCUUCGCGUCGGGUCACGGGGGAUAGGGGUGAGCUGCGGGCCCUACGCUGGGACGUUUGGGGAAGUGGCCAGUGGCUUCUGGCAGGGUGCCAUGUUGUUUCUGGCAGCAGGGAUGUUAGUGCUAGGAGGAGUGGCUUGUAUCUCAAUCUUCAGCCUGUGCUUCCAGAGCAUCCUGAAGAAGAGCAUAUUCAACAUCUGUGGACUGCUACAGGCUAUUGGAGGCCUGCUGCUGAUGGUGGGCCUCAUGCUGUACCCUGCCGGUUGGGGUUCGGAGAAGGUGAUGGGCUACUGCGGCCCCGAGGCCUUGCCCUUUAGGCCGGCUGAGUGCUCGCUCGGCUGGGCGUUCUACACAGCGAUAGGAGGCACGCUGGGAUCCUUCCUGUGUGCUAUUUUGUCCGCACAGGCUGAGAUUGCCACCUCCAGCGACAAGGUUCAGGAGGAGAUUGAGGAGGGGAAGAGUCUGAUCUGCUUGCUGUGAGCCUUCAGAAACAACGGGAAACUCCAGGAAAUCAUCGGUGGUGUAAUUUCUCUUAGGUGGACGCUUGUAGAUCUCAGUGGAGGAAGGAUGGUGAUUAAUCUGAAAGAGUUUGUUAAGAACAUACAAGCCUUGGUAAAUGCUUUUUAAAUUCUUAGGUAUGGGGUUCGCCUACCUGAUGAUACCAAGACAAAGGCAAAAAAAUUUCCCUUGUACAGCUUUGAGGCUCUGGUACUGCAGCAGGCUGAGGAACAUUACCUGUAGACUUCUUCAAUGUUUUUAACCAAGUUACUGUUUAUUUUUGUAAUAUUUCUCGCCUUAAAAAAAUACACUGUACUGGAAUAGCAGGAGAUUAGUUGGAGAAAUUGGUAGUGGACAGGUUAAACACUGCCAGUCGCACAGUUUAUAGGCUGUCAUUAUAAUGUUCAUUCACACGGUUCACCUGCAAACCUCAACAAACCACUGAAUACUAGCAGAUGUGUCCACUAAAACUCCCAACAACAGCUUGCAUAUGUGUGCGGAGUGCGUCUGCGUGUGUGACAGACAUUAACUGCUGAGGUUUCUUAGCGUCCAUAUGCUCUGAUUGUGCGGCACAGCAGGACAGUAAGACUCUCUGGCUGACUUCACAUGUGCCACUUAAAGGAUUGUUCACUUUAAAGGGAGUUUCCCUUCUCAUACAGAUUGUUUGUGGGUCCCUUGCAGCUUAUUAACCGGCAGAGUGUGUGAACAGAGCAGAGCAGGAACAGAGCCUCGCCAUAUGUUUCACUGUGGCGAACUUUCGUGAGGGGAUGUUUGCUCACAGCUAGAUAAAACAGGCUGCACCAGAGCUUAUCAUGGCACACCACACAGACUAGAUCUGGCUUUGUAAAAAUGUCCGAGACGCAAAUAAGUGGGAACAUUUUCUAAAAGUGUUUGUUGAGCCUCUGCUAGAUGAAUGCAAAAUGGGUCAUCAGCGUUGCCAUGAUUAAGGCAGACCUCUUUGGUACUUUUGGAGAUCGCCUGAUAUCGUGUUUUGCACUUGGCCCUUUCACAUCGCUUCAUAUUUUGUACACUUGUUUCCAUUUUCCCCGCCACGCUUCAGUAAGUUGCUGUAAAUGUAACAUCAUGUGAUUGCUUUUAUUCAUUGUAGAUGACAUGUGCAAUAAUUCAACUAUAGUGUGAGAGCGAGUGGAUCGAGAGGAUGUUUCUAGUCUGUCUGUGCUUAAAUUAAUAUGUUGAACUGUCGGCUGUUUUUGUUACAUUAACAAAAGAGCAACAGCAUUGUGGCACAUUGUUUGAUGCUGCAUGUGUGUGAGAGGGUGAUAUGUGUGAGGAGUGAUACAGUCUGUACUUUGUACUCUAAUAAACCAGGCCUUCUUUAGUAA